AUGGGUAGAAGUAGCACCCGCAGCAGCAGUAGCUUCCGUUGCGGGGGAAGGCGUGGCUACCCGGUGGAACCAGGGGACUCCCAAAAGAAGCACCUCCAAAGUACACACCACAAAUACGCAGAUGAGAAGCUACGGACUGAAAGCAAGUUUAACGAAAAACAUUUUGCGGAAGAUAAAAAACGAGUCAAUGACUUUAGGAGCAAUAAAAUGGCACUACCCCGAGGAAGCAGGGAUGAUAAAAAAACGGAAAGCAAACAAAUGCUAUACUCUUCCAAACCUACGAAAGAAUAUGAUAAUAAUAAUUCACCCAAGAAAAAAUGGUCAGAGAAAGAAAUAGAGGAGUUGAUAUUUAAAUAUAAAAAGAAUGACAAAUAUGAAUCUGCUCGGAAAAAAAACCAUUUUGACAAAAGGCACACGUACCAGGAUACGAGGACGAACUACGACUCGCUAAGUUAUCGUGGCAAUGUACUAUUUAGCUCGGAAAAUGACCCCAGAGGUGUGUAUUUCGACAGAGGCGCGUCCGCUGCGACUAUGGCGGGUACUAUCGCGGCCACUACUGCAGGUGGAACCACUGCGGCAGAUGGGGACAAGGUGGAUGAUUAUGCUGGUGUGUCCCUUUCAAGUAGAAGAAGACACGACUUGAGGGAUUCCCCCUCCAGAGUAUACUACCACCGAGUAAGUGAGCACACGGAUUACUGCAAAAGAGACAGCAUUAUCAGUGACUUAUCCUGCGCUAGUGGAUUAUUGCCGUCCACGUGCAGGGAGGACUACGAUAGGGAGGAGAGUGCCACACGCGGAGGGAGAGACACUAUCUGGCGAGACUCCCAUAGGUGCACCUCUCUCAAUAGCGAUGACAAUCGCGGAGACCUCGCCGCAGAUUACUCCAAAUGUUACAAAAAACGGUUAAGUGGAAAUGUAAUCGGAGAUAGUCGCAGAAAGGGCAUGGAUCAUAUGAACCAGUCAGGCAAAUCAACCCAUUUAGGAAAUAAAAAUGGAGAGGAAAUUGAUUUGACAGGAGAAUAUUCUGACGAGGAAUCGAAGGAAAAAAAAAUGUACCAUAAUUACUCAAAAGAUAAAAAAAAUUUAUAUGGGACUUUUUUCAAUUUAACGAGCAAGUAUGAAAAAGUGAAAAACAAGAAAGGGGACAGCCAUAAGGAGGGCUUCAAAUUAGACGAAGCAGAUGUCAGGUCGAGAAUCAAAUCCUGCAACGGGGACCAGGUAAGACAAAACAAGCUAAUUAGAGAUCCCCUACGAAGUGAUAAUACUUUUUCGAGCCAUUUUUACAAAAGCAGAGACUCCAAUUUUGACAAAAUCAGUGCAUUAUUCGACACAGACAGGAAAAAAAAAAAGUAUGCAGAUGUGGCCGAUAUAGAAAAUUACGUAAAAGGAUUUGAUGUGAAGAGAAGCAGAUUUUCAAGGAGGGAUUCUAACCAUAAGGGAGAAAGACUGUUUAAGGGUUCCCCCUGCUUUGAUGAUAUUCUCAAGCACAGUUCGGAUGAUUCCUGUAGUUAUGAAGUUUGCCCUGUAAGGAAAGGACCCAAAGAAGGUAUACGAGGUAGCAGCUGGGGUGAUCGUGAAGGGGGGAAAACAACCAAGUCGUUAAGGGGCAGUCCAAUUAAGCCAUUUAGCCCUCUCCACACUCUAGAAAAAAAAUCCCUUAGAGGAAGCGUUACAAAGAGGGGAAAAAACAGCCCUACAAAUGUACGUUUAGGUGAAAAGACAAACCCUUUUAAUAUAGAUGACACAAAAGUACACUCAAACCAUUUCAAAAAUACACAGCUACAUGGGAGCCCCCGUUCGCAUGCCUCCAAUGACUGCUCCACCUUAUAUGAUUAUGUAAACUACGCCAAAAGGGGAACUAGAGGUUACUGUGAUAGUGAUGUCCAUUUAAAUAGCUCACCGAGAGGCUAUUACCCCUCUGGUGUUAAUGACGUAUGUGCAAAAAGCAGAGACAGAUUUUCGUCCCUUCUGAGGAAAAUUCAAACAAAAAAGAAUUACAAAAAUGAUGACCCGAAUUUCUCUCAUGUUAAGUCUACUACAUGGAGGAGGGGUUCCUACCUGGACGGGGAUGACGAGAUGUUCCCGCUUCAUUCCUACGCCACGAAAAAUACACACUUUGAGAAAUCUAGAGGAGGUCACAAUGGUCGAAGUUCUUGUCCCCCAAAUGGUCGCAGUGGAGACGGUAAGGAUGAGUCUUAUGGAGGGAAAUUUCGCACGGGGGAACUCCCCAAAGAUGUACAGAAGCAAUGUUUGCGUAACUCCUGGCGGGAAAAAAAACAGAUAAAGAAUCUGCUAAGUUACGUUUGUGACGAAGGAGGGGGAGAAAGGGAUGAGUUUUUAAGAAACAUAGGAAAGAAAUACCUCUUCACAGAAGGGGAAGAAUUACUAAAUAGUAUUCUGAAUUUGAAAAAAAUGAAAUCGUCUCGACAAGUUGGAGGCGAUGCGGAUGAAGGGGGCUACGACGGCGAUGGUCCUAAGGAGUGCUACGAAAAGGAACGGAAGGCGAAUUACCACAGUUGGAAGUACAACCCAGAUGGGAAGAGUAGUAAAGGCAAUAUGGGUGAGACGGUUUCGUUUCAGUAUUUGAAGAACCGCUCCUACACGAGGCCCAUGCAUGUUGGAGAUUUUGAUGUGGGUGAUGCCCAGGCUGCCGAUUGCGCGAAUGGCGUGGAUGACCGCGACUGUGCGGAUUUGUAUGACCACGGGUAUAGUGGCGAGUACGGUGAAGAGCACAGCGGGGAGCACAUCGGAGAGCGUACCGACAAGGAGCAAGGGAACCCAAGCCGCCAGGGCUCUUCCUACUGUCGCGACGUUUUAUUCCUCCUCUUUCUUUACCUUUUAAAAAUUUUAUACUAUUUAGUCAGAUACCUUGUGCAGCUUGCACUGCUGAUCAUGGUGUACUUUUAUCACGUAAUGCGCACGAAAUCUCUUGCAACGAUAUUCAUUUCAGUCGUGGUUGCGGUUCCUCUUUUUUUGUUGCUUCUGUCAGUGCUUAUAUUGUCCUACAGAAGCGUGAACACGGAGUUUUUCGAUCGGGACAUCUAA